AUGUUAAAAUUAUUUGAUGAACAAACUCAAGAACUCACAAGAUUGAAUGGUCUUUUAUCAAUCUUUGAUAGCUAUAUAAAAACUAUUAAUGAUGAUAAUAAUCAUUGCACUUCAUAUAUGAGAAUAGCAUUAAAAAUCCAAUUAGAAAAAUUGGGAGAAUUCAAUUUCAAAUAUUACAAAACUGAAUUCGAAACUUCCAAAAAGAAAAUCAUAAGAAUUAUUAAUCAUAAAUUAGAUCCUGUAUUAAAUAACAUGGUUGAACAUAAAUUUUAUUCUACAUCUAAUAAGAUUUAUCAGGAGAAAAGAGGUCAACUCACUAAAUAUUUGGAUUAUGAUUAUAUUAUUGAAGAUUGUAGACACAAGGAUAUUAAGAUAUUCAAUAAAUUUCUAGUUGAUAAAUACAAAAAGGAUUAUAUCAAUAGAAAAGUUGAUAAGAUUGAAUCUCUUCCUUCAUAUAAGGUUGUUUUUGUAAAUCCUUCUCUCAAAACUACAAUUGAUCAUAAAAAAAAAUGA